UUUUAGUAUGGAGUUAAAUAACUGGAGUCCAUUCAAGGACUUGUUUACAGCAAGUCAGGACUUUGCUUUGCGUAACUCACAAGCUUCAACCCAUCUGCUAAGAUCCUUACUAAGAAAGCAUAAACCUGAGCUGCUAUCCUUGCUGAAAAACUCGCCUCAAAAUGCCACCCAUCGAGAAAAGCUAAAAAACAGCCACUCAGUGGGGCUAGUGAUCAACGAGAAUGAAUCUCCCAAAGUUUUUGAGCAAACCUUUAUCGACGAAGCAAUAAUUAUCAGUGAUAUGUUUAAACUAAAUGAAUUGGCUGCUGUGGAUUUGUUAUUAACAGGAGAGCAACAAACGCCAAACUAUCCUAAUUAUUCCCGUGGUCUAGUUGCUGUUCUCUUGUACUGGGAUGGCCGUCGUAACCUUGCAAGCUCACUUCGGACAUUAGUUCAGUGUCGUCGUGGUGCAACAUGGACCUUGGAUAUCUCCCCUGAAGGCACAUCUAUGGUAACUUCAUUUUCUGACGAGUUGCUAAGCAACGGUAUGACUCAGCAAAUUUUGAAACUACUCCGUGAAAUAAAAGUGGAAGCUGAGAUGGAAAAGUUGGCGAGUCAACGUGGUUUGGGUGAUUCAAAACAUAGAAAGCAGGUGCGCGAUUUGAUCACUGAAGUUCGGCAAUGCUUAGCUGAAACCCUCUUCUACUUUGCUGGCCAAUCAAGGUUGCCACUCAAUGAUAUAACUGCGAUGAUACAUUACCUUGAAACAGAUGGGGAGGUAGAAUCAGAUGGGAAGCUCUCUCUCCCCACUCUUGCUGUGCUGUUUGCUGUUCUUUAUGCUAUUUCACUCCCCUAUGAUUUGAAUACAAUCCAAGAUGAAAGCACUGUUGAGGAACUUCUUCAACAUCCACUGAUAACCGAUGCAUCAUAUUUAUCCGGUAUUCACAAAGUGCUGGCCAAAGAAAGCAAUCACCCAAGUUCUUGGAAAGUAUCGGGUGUUCGGUCAUGCUUGCAGUUAGCAUGGUCGGUCACGCUUCGAUUGCUCGCUCAAAUUCCCUCCUCGCUGCUCAGUGGCAUUACCCCACCAAGUGGUGAAAUACUUGAGCAAGACGAACUGGUCGUGGAGAUGGCUCUCGCUGAUCGUGUGUUCUUGUUUAUAAAGGAAAACAUUGUGUUAUGCCCGAGUUUCCACUCAGAAGAAUUUUAUCUUCGUAGAAUCCAUGGCAUCAUAACUGAUCUUAUUGUUAAUAUGACACUUAAGGUAAAGGAGAUGCGUAACCAUGGUGACGAGGUGGCGAGGAUACUCAUGCUCCACCUGGCACAAGGUGAAGAACCUCCACCUUCGUUAAGGAAAGAUUUCCACCAGUUGUUGGAACUGAUCACUGCGUUGUAUGAAGAUGAUCCUUUAUCACUUGAAUUAUGCUCCGAGUACUGGUGCACAGCAGACACAUCUAUGAUGGAUGCGGGCUCCUACAUCAUCUCCCCUCAUCGAUUUCAUCAUGGUCCUCCUCAGAGACAAACUGCUUUGUUUAAGUUCGUCCGCCAGUCAGGAGAUCUCUUGCCCCCCUUACUAUAUGUUCCAUACCUUCAUAUGUUAUCUGCAUUGGCCAGUGGAACACAAAGUGCCCGUGCAUGUUAUGAGAUGCUACAUUACAAUGGUGCAAACUUCAGUGGUGGUAGUGAUGUAAAUUCAAUGUCACUUGAUCACUUCUUCUCAUCUUGUCAUCGAUAUUAUGAACAUCUACAUCAGGAUAAACCACUCCAUGACAUCACAAACCCAUUUAUGAUGUCACAGUCUCAAUUUGGAUCUCAGAGUGGGCACCCUCCUCGAAACAGAAGCAUCACACCCAAAGAAGUGGAAGGAUUGAGAGCUGUCAUGAAGUUGCUUACACAGAUCAUUAAAUACGACAACAUUGCAUGCAUCAACAUAUAUGAGAACCAACAGUGGUUAGCAUGCGGGGUGUUGUAUGGGUUGCUACAAUGCCCAGUGCCUGUCACACUGAAGGGCGAUGUACUGGGAGUCCUCACUCAGCUCUCGAGGAUCCCAGAGAUCGCAUCCGGCAUCCUCCAGAUCACUGAGAGCGCUCAAAUCCUCGUCACUACUGGAGAUUGCUCACCUGGUUCAUCAGGUGUAUCACUAGAGUUGGAGCAGAUAGAAUCACGUGAAGAGGAAUACCCGAUGACGCGUUCAUUUGUGAACCUUCUCACAGCCAUGGCUCACUCUGGUGCUAAUCUAUCAGUCAUUGGUGAGGGUGUGCGAGCUCCUGGAUUUGAUCCAUACCUCACGUUCACUGUCGAGUCGGUCUUUCUCAAGUUUUCAACGCGAGCCUAUGGAAGAAAGGAAGAAAAAUGGGAGGUUGCAUCAUCUUGCCUCAAAUUAUUCAACAAGUUGAUCACGACCUAUCAACCUCACCCUGAUCAUUUCAACGUCAACAAAACUGGUUUGCCGGCUGACGUCAUGCUCGACCGCACACAGCUGAUGCACGACGCCGGGCCGUUUUCAAAGAUCCGACCACCAGCGUUUCAUCUUUUACUUUAUGUUUACAACCAGGGAAACUUUUUCAAAACCGUAAGUCAAUUUUAACAGAGU